AUGGCGGCGGCGGCGGUGGUGUCUGUGACCUUUGAUGAUGUGGCUGUGACUUUUACCCAGGAGGAAUGGGGGCAGCUGGACCCAGCUCAGCGGACCCUGUACCAGGAAGUGAUGCUGGAAAACUGUGGGCUUCUGGUAUCUCUAGGAUGUCCUGUUCCCAGACCUGAGCUGAUCUACCAGCUAGAACAUGGGCAGGAGCUGUGGACCGACAAGAAAGACCUCUUCCAAGGCACCUGUCUAGGUGACGAAGCAAAAUCCAAGAACACAGAACAUAUUACUUCUAAGCCAGCCUUGACAGAGGCGUUCUCACUUCGGGGACAGCUAAUUCAAGGAGACCCAGAGGAUUCCAUGCUGGUGCAAGCCAAGGAUCCAAAUAAGCUAUUAGAAAUGCAGGGAGGAUACUUGAGACCAGCAAUAGAUCCCGAGAAAGAGAAGCUCCCUGAACUUGAUGGUUUAGAGACAGCUGAUGGUUUGUGUUCAGGGAUAUUACAGAAUCAAGUUUCUCUAGGGGAUGGUGUCCAUGAUCGUGACUCACAUGAAUCUGGUAAAGAUCCCAUGAUUCAAGAAGAGGAAAAUAUCUUUAAAUGCAAUGAAUGUGGGAAAGUAUUUAACAAGAAACGCCUUCUAGCUCGUCAUGAGAGGAUUCACUCUGGAGUGAAGCCCUAUGAAUGCACAGAGUGUGGAAAAGCCUUUAGCAAAAGUACAUACCUCCUGCAGCACCACAUGGUCCACACUGGGGAGAAGCCAUAUAAGUGCAUGGAGUGUGGGAAGGCCUUUAACCGCAAAUCACACCUUACCCAGCACCAGCGGAUUCACAGUGGAGAAAAGCCUUAUAAGUGCAGUGAAUGUGGAAAGGCCUUCACCCACCGCUCCACUUUUGUCUUGCAUAACAGGAGCCACACUGGAGAAAAACCCUUUGUGUGCAAAGAAUGUGGCAAAGCCUUUCGAGAUAGGCCAGGUUUUAUUCGACAUUACAUUAUCCACAGUGGGGAGAAUCCCUAUGAGUGUUUUGAGUGUGGCAAGGUCUUCAAACAUAGGUCAUACCUCAUGUGGCACCAGCAGACUCACACAGGACAGAAGCCCUAUGAGUGUAGUGAAUGUGGAAAAGCCUUUUGUGAGAGUGCAGCCCUGAUUCACCACUAUGUCAUACACACUGGGGAGAAGCCCUUUGAGUGCCUUGAGUGUGGGAAGGCCUUCAACCACAGGUCAUACCUCAAGAGGCACCAACGGAUUCACACUGGGGAGAAACCUUAUGUGUGCAGUGAAUGUGGAAAGGCCUUCACCCACUGCUCCACUUUUAUCCUGCAUAAAAGGGCCCACACUGGAGAAAAACCUUUUGAGUGCAAAGAAUGUGGAAAAGCCUUUAGCAAUAGGGCAGACCUCAUUCGACACUUCAGCAUCCACACUGGAGAGAAGCCCUAUGAGUGCAUGGAGUGUGGAAAGGCCUUCAACCGCAGGUCAGGCCUCACUAGGCACCAGCGGAUUCAUAGUGGAGAGAAGCCCUAUGAAUGCAUAGAGUGUGGGAAGACGUUUUGCUGGAGCACAAAUCUCAUUCGGCACUCCAUCAUCCACACUGGAGAGAAGCCGUAUGAGUGCAGUGAAUGUGGAAAGGCCUUCAGUCGCAGCUCAUCCCUCACUCAGCAUCAAAGAAUGCAUUCUGGGAGAAACUCUGUUAGUGUAACAGAUGUGGGAAGACCUUUUACAAGUGGGCAAGCCUCAGUCAACAUUGAAGAACUUUUAUUGGGGAAAAACUUUUUGAAUGUAACCACUGAGGAAAAUCUUUUGCAGGAUAUGGCAUCUGAUCAUACAUACCAAAGAGAAACCCCACAAGUGUCUUCACUAUGAGAAAACCUAUUGCAGAAUAUCACUUGUCACCUAAAGAAUCAUAAUAGAAAUUCACACAGUUUAGAGCCUUAUUCUCCAUGAAUUACAUUAGGAGAAAGACUCAGUAAUUAUUACGCAUUUAGGAAAACCUUUAGCUACAUCCCUCUUAGUUUACAGUGCAAUGUUAUCUCAGGAAUUUUUAUAAAAAGGUGACAUAGAGAAGAAAAUGAAACUCAAGCACUGCUUCUUUGAUACUCCAUCUUGUAUAUACAUGUAUUGCUGUGCAGAAAAGUUACAUAGUGAGGGCAGGUUUGGAAACUUAUUGAAUACUGUCUUCUACAAAAUUGUAUUCAAUUUUAUAAGAAAUAUGAGUUAUAAAAUACUUAAGGAGAUAAGGAAAUGAAUGGGC